AUGUUUCGACUGCUGCAAGCUCGAAGGUGGAACCUUCGAAAUUUGAAAAGGAACCUUCAUAUGCAAAACGUCAGUGGAUCUGCUCAAAGACUUUCACUUCGGCGACCAUUGGUCUCUCCAGAGCUGAGGCUUUUCAUGAAGUUGGUCAAAAGUCCCAGUCAUCUUAUGUUUAUUGCCUCUAAUGUUGCACUCUUUGUGCACCUCCUGUUCUAUAGUACUGUUGUUAGAAAGCAGAAGAUGGAGGAGUUUAUUUCACAAAUUAAUGAGUUGGAGAAUUUCGAGGAGUUGAUAAAAGAUUUGGACAAGCAAAACGAGGAAAUACAGAAACAAAUUAGUGUUUACAAGCACCUACAGCGGAAGAGUAAGGACUACACUGACUCAAGGGAUAGCAAUAGGGACCAACGUCCUACCAAAAGAUCUCAAUCACCAAUAGUCUUGAAUGAAAGUCUUCAUCUUCAUUCAACUCAUGCAAACAAAUUUCUUGAUCAAAGAAAACUUUUUGCAACAACAUUUACAGAAAAGACAUCUAUCGCCAAGCUUUUUGAAUCCUCGUCACUGGAAACUAGUCUGGAAACUAGUCACUCAACGAGUUCUUCGGCUUCUCCCACAUUCUCGGACCCCAUUCUGAAUUUACUCAUUGCAUUAUCUCACCAGUUCGUGAAAGCAUUCUUGGUGGAAAUCAAUUUGAGAAAUUCCUUGGACGACAAAGAGGUGGGAAUUCAUAUACCGGGAGAUUCAUUUCUUCUACAUGAAGAUCUCUUUGCAUAUAUGAAUCAUGAUGCGGACAAAGAAGAGCUUUUAACAAAACUUUUCACAUUAAGAGACGUGGAAAGAACUCUGCCAGAAACAUUUUUGAGUCGUCUUGACGACAAGGUAACGGAAAAAUUAUUCAUUGAUUUCUGGUUAUCAGAUAAUUUCAAGAAUAAGGGGUCUAGACGAUAUGACAUAUUUCACCAUAUUUCCGGUCAAUGGCUAAAUUAUGAGCAUUCAGAUACCUUCACUUCGAUUCGGACACUUUCUUCUCCAGUGUUCGCUAGCAACACAGUCAGCAGUGAUGAAUAUAUCCGCAGGUUUGACAGUAUCUUUUCAGCAUAUGAACUAUCGAAGGCGCCUCUUCGAGAAUUUGCCCUUCUACUUCUGUUGGCUAGAGCACUCUCAACUGGUGGAGAAUGCAUUCCCUCAUAUUCUAUCUUUGGGUUUUUACUUGACAAACUUGGUAAGUAUGGCUUAAACAACUAUCAAUCCAUGGUAUACGACGUCUUACCAGAUGUUCGGUACUACCAAACUUCGUUCGCUGAUUCCUUAAGUGAGAAUGAAUUUGCCUCCAGAAGAUAUUUUCAUUUUGCACACCUCAUUGGUAACAAUUCGGAUAUUUUGGCUAGUUUGAUGGAAUAUCAGGUCUCGAGAAAAGAUGUCCAAGCUUUCAAGCUGUUGGUCCGACUACUUGAGCCUAUAAAAGUGUCUAAUAGUCGUUCUUAUCUUCUGCUUCCCAGUUUCAUACGAUCGCACGCUUCAACUUCAGCAACUAUUUUUGGCGACAACCAAGAGGUACUGAUUGAUCUAGAUACCAUCAGUCGAGUAAUCAGGGGCUGCGUUGAAUUGAAGCAGUAUACUACCCUUGACUUGAUGCUCAGCAAGCUCUUCUUGAAUCUGAUCCAAACAAGCGACGGUGUACGUGUCAUGUUGAGCGGGAUCAAAGACGAGAAAGCACUAAUUUUCGAGAGUGUGCCCACUUUAGCCCCUUCUUUACUCCUUACAGAGAGCAUUUUACUGUCAUUGGCGCGAGCUUAUACUGAAAACAGGGAGAGAACCAGAUCGAAGUGGUUAGUACCACACAUUGAUGUUUUCUUAACGACACACAAGAGCGAGAAACUUGCCCAGUAUUUACCAUUGUUACAAGAGAUUACGAUGGAUCACCAGCCCAUGAAAAACAUGCAAGCGAGGACAGGAUCAAUCUCGCUUAAUCUGCCAGAGGAUUACGGCGUGAAGCCCCAACUGACAGUUUCUUUGAUGGCAUGA